GUUUUGGGGGAAAGACUCGAGCCCUCCUCUCCUCUCCUCUCUGUCAGUCCUCCUCAGAUCUGAUAUGUUGUUGUGCGUAAAAGGAACUGAGAGCGCACUACAUGUCAUCAAUUGAUUUCUCAUUAACUUAUUGAAGGGAUUUCACUUUCAAUUAUUUUUACUGCCAUGGCGAGAUGGUCACUUUUACUUUUAUACUUUUUCCAAGGACUACUUCCCCUCAUCUUUGGACAGCAGCGCACCUCUGGGCCCUGGCGGCACCGGAUUCAGUGGCAGAACAACGGACAGGUUUACAGUUUAAUGAGCACUGGAUCGGAGUACCAGGCUCCGGUUCGCUCCAGAAGCCAGUCGAGGGUUUAUGUGAGCGGCAGGAGGGACGGCACCAGGAGCCAGAUGUCGGGAGCGCACAGAGGAACGAUGCUUGUAAGAACAGGGCAAGGUGAGUCCAGAGUGACCAGGACUGACCCAGGUGUACAACCAGGGUCAUAUACACCAGGGCGCGAUAGUAGACCGUUCGUGCCCGUUAAUGCUCAUGCAUGGACCAGACAGCAGCCCGAGCGCACUCAAGGAACCGGAGCUGCAGGUUAUCCAAACGCACGACGUCUUGGACCUGAACACACCAACAGCAUCAACGCUUCUGCAUCGGGGACUUCAAAUGAUUUCGCUGGCAGAAGAGGAGGUGUGAGUGUGGACUCCUCUGCGCCGCGCACCGCUGGAGGAGAACCGGGGCCCGGUGCCCAAUACCAACAGUUACGCACGGUGCCACAGGCAGUUCCUGUCUUCAGGCAGACAGGUCACUCCAGCUCAGCCUAUUCCACAACUCUGGAGAGAGAAUCUGAAGGUACCUCUUCGUUAACUGCAGCUUCAGAGGAUGCUUCAAACGAGGCGACCACUAACAGAGAGGACAUGGUUAACGACGAUCCUCGAAACCCGUUUAAAAACCACAGGAAUUCAGUUUUCUAUAACAUGUAUCCAGCCAGAGGGAGGUCAGGGGCGAACCGUCCACCUGACACAGGAUAUGGAACAAGAUACUUUCAAAAUGGACUGCCAGACCUUGUGCCAGACCCAUAUGCCAUCCAAGCAGGUGCUUACAUCCAGCGCAUGCAGAUGUAUUCACUCCGCUGUGCAGCUGAGGAGAACUGUCUGGCCAGGUCAGCUUAUGGACCCACCGUACGGGACAUCGACUUCAGAGUCCUCCUGAGGUUCCCCCAGAAAGUGAAGAAUCAAGGCACCUCCGACUUCCUGCCCGUCAAGCCGAGAUAUCAGUGGGACUGGCACAGCUGUCACCAGCACUACCACAGCAUGGACGCCUUCAGUAACUACGACCUGUUGGACGCCAUCACUGGACGUAAAGUAGCCGAGGGACACAAGGCCAGUUUCUGCCUCGAGGACACAGGCUGUGAACCUGGAUUCAGGCGGCGCUACGCCUGCACAUCCCACACACAGGGUCUGAGCCCAGGAUGUCACGACGUCUACGCCGCCAACAUCGACUGUCAGUGGAUCGACAUCACUGAUGUACCUCCAGGAAACUAUAUCCUGAAGGUAACUGUCAAUCCCAAUCUCCACGUCCUGGAGUCGGACUUCACCAACAACAUAGUGAGAUGUGAUAUCACGUACACAGGAAUUUAUGUUCAGACGCGCAACUGUCGAGUAGCAAGGGGUUGAAAUCUUCAUCAGCGUCAACACUCUGAUUAACAUGGAGUAAAAAAAGCCAAAGAGUUAAACACAACUGUAACUGUGUGCAAUGUUGCUGCCAUAGAGUCCUACAUGUUGCAUUUAUUUAUAUAAAAUGCUAAAGUUUCCAACAAUUUUCUACAUGAAACUAGUGAGAUCACCAGAAAUAAGGAUUUCUACUUACAUGGCAUGAUUCAUGACGUAUUUUUUAUGGUCUUCACAAAGAUGAGUACUGUGUUUGUAUAGGUUCGGUACUUGAAUGCAUGUUUUAUUGCUUAUUUGUGGGUCUUUGUCUUGUUGUCUUGCUUCAUAUUUUUUGUUAGACGCACAUCAUUUGUUCUCGCAGGUUUCUAUAAAGGAUUAAUAUUCUAUAUUUUUGUUAAAAGCAACAAAUCUCAUGAAAAGACCAAAGCCAACAAUACAUGAUUCCAUCACUCAGUACUUUCUGACCUCGCUGUGCUGUUUGUGGCUCUUAAACCUGAACCCAGUGAGUCACAAAUAUAAGUUGAAAUGAUUUUUGUCUUUAUAAGAAAAUAAAUAGAAUAUCAUCCUUAUCCACCUGAUAAUCACGAAUAUCUCUCAUAGUAACUGUAGUAUGUUGGUGCUGUUUGUUUAUGUAAAUGUUUGCUUGUGUAUAUCUACGUGAAUGGAACAUUUUUUAGACUGUUUUAAACUGUUGAUAUUGCUUGAACGUUGUUGAAAAUUGAAUCUUAUUCUGUUAAAUUUAAAGCAAUAAAGAUGUUUAGGAGUGAGAAAGAAUGUCUUCCCUGUUCUUUUCU